AUGGAUAGAGAUGAAGAAAACUACUAUGGAAAACACGGUGAACCAAGGAAAUUUGACCCAAAGUUCAGAGGACCUAUUCAUAACAGGCACUGUACAGACAUUAUUUGCUGUGUGAUCUUCAUAGUCGUCAUUCUGGGUUACAUUGCAUUAGGAAUUGUGGCUUGGGUGCACGGUGACCCCAGGAAAGUGAUUUAUCCAACUGACAGCUAUGGGCAGUUCUGUGGUCAGAAAGAUACCCCCAAUGAGAACAAGACCAUUUUGUUUUACUUUAACAUUCUGAAAUGUGCCAGCCCCGUAGUGUUAAUAAACCUACAGUGCCCUACAACACAGCUUUGUGUCUCCAAGUGCCCAGACAGGUUUGCAACCUACAUUGAUGUUCAGGCUUCCUACAGGUAUAAACCAGAUCAGUGGAAUUACUUCAGGCAGUUCUGCAAACCUGGUUUUAACAAUCCUCGCAAGUCUGUUGCUCAAGUCCUACGUGAUGAAGAUUGUCCUUCGAUGAUCAUUCCAAGCAGGCCUUUUCUUAAGAGAUGCUUCCCAGACUUCUCCACGAAGAAUGGUGUGCUAACCGUGGCAAAUCAGACUACGUUCAAAGAUGGAAGAGGGAAAACGAGAAAUGUAACCGAUCUCAGGGAAGCUGCAAAUGGCAUCAAUAAUGUCCUGGAUGCAAGAUCAGUUGGAAUGAAAAUUUUUGAAGACUAUGCCAUUUCUUGGUAUUGGAUUUUAAUUGGACUGUUCAUUGCAAUGAUUGUGAGUCUGCUCUUCCUUGUGUUACUGAGGUUCACAGCUGGGGUUCUCUUCUGGAUUUUCAUCUUUGGUGUGAUUGGAAUUAUAGGUUAUGGCAUUUGGCAUUGUUACUGGGAGUAUGAUCAUCUUAAAGGAAUACCUGGAUCUGACCUCACUGUUUACGAUAUUGGAUUCCAGACAGACUUCAGAGUGUACCUGCAACUGAGGCAAACAUGGUUAGCAUUUAUGAUAAUACUUUGUGUUGUUGAGGUCAUAAUCAUACUGAUGCUGAUCUUCCUAAGGAAUCGGAUCCGGAUUGCUAUUGCACUGUUGAAGGAAGGUAGUAGGGCUAUUGGCUAUAUAAUGUCUACAUUGUUCUAUCCAAUCGUCACCUUCAUACUCAUUGCAAUUUGUAUUUCCUACUGGGCUGUGACAGCUGUUUUUCUGGCUACAUCAGGAGAACCUGUGUAUAAAGUAAUGGCUAAUCAAACGCUGUGCAAGUAUGCAAAUCUGACUUGUGACCCAGAGACUUUUAACACAACCAAUGUGACUAAAUUGUGUCCAGGUGCUCAGUGUACUUUUGCUUUUUAUGGCGGAGAAAGCCUGUACCAUAAGUACAUCUUCAUCUUCCAGUUAGCCAAUGCCUUUGUCUUUCUCUGGCUGGUGAACUUUGCAAUUGCACUGGGUCAGUGUACCCUUGCUGGUGCCUUUGCCUCUUAUUACUGGGCCUCUCGAAAACCAGCUGAUAUUCCACUGUGGCCGCUCUUCUCUUCAUUUGGACGAGCAAUACGAUACCAUACAGGUUCGUUGGCAUUUGGAGCCUUAAUUCUUGCAAUUGUCCAGCUUAUUAGAGUAAUACUGGAGUACUUGGAUCACAAACUGAAAGGUACCCAGAACUCCUUCACUAGAUUUCUACUCUGCUGCCUCAAAUGCUGUUUCUGGUGUUUGGAAAAAUUCUUAAAAUUUAUAAACAGAAAUGCCUACAUCAUGAUUGCUAUAUAUGGUAAAAACUUCUGCACCUCGGCAAAGGAAGCAUUCUUUUUGCUCAUGCGGAAUGUAGUGAGAGUUGCAGUUCUGGACAAAGUUACAGACUUCCUUUUAUUCCUGGGGAAAAUUCUCGUUGCUGGUGGUGUAGGUGUUCUUGCAUUCUUUUUCUUCACACAGAGAAUACCAGUCUUCGCACAGGAAGCACCAACAUUAAAUUACUACUGGGUACCAUUGUUGACGGUCAUUAUUGGCUCCUACCUAGUUGCACACGGGUUCUUCAGCGUCUAUGCAAUGUGUGUCGACACGCUUUUCCUCUGCUUUUGUGAAGACCUGGAAAGAAAUGAUGGAUCUACAGCAAAACCCUACUUCAUGUCAGCUAGCCUUCACCGAAUUCUAGGGAAGAAGGAACUAAGCCCUAAGAAGGCAGUGGGAUAACACAUACUAAACCUCAACAUCAAAACAGUGUCACUUUUAAGCAAAACAUGUAUAAAGUAGGCAAAAGUAAAAACUGUAAAUGAUGCUUCUGGUUAAUGGGUGAUUCUUUUUUCCUUUUGCUUAUAAAAAAAAAAGAGUAACAUUGGUAACAUUUAACUGUUUAAAUGCUUAAACUAACAGCUGUGAAAACAAGGCCACGUUUUAGUUUAUAGAGUGCCUAUGAAAAGGAAAAUGUAAAUUUGAAGCUUUUUUUAAGUCUAUAAUGAUCUUUUAAUAACUUUUGUAAUGCAAGUUGCUGCCUUAGAUGACAGC